ACGUAUGCAUAACCCGGAUGCGCCGGGUCAAGACCGGGUCGAACUCCGAUUGGAUUUCUCUAACCUAGUCUUCUGUUAAUCAGAGUUUUGAUCUUUUCACGGUUUCAAUCGUAUGAUCGCAAAAAAAUGGAGAAGAAGACCAAGUUCAGUAUAAUUGUUCCAACCUACAAUGAACGCCUCAACAUCGCCCUCAUCGUUUACCUUGUUUUCAAACAUCUCCAGGAUGUUGAUUUUGAAGUUAUAGUUGUGGAUGAUGGAAGUCCUGAUGGGACUCAAGAUAUUGUCAAACAAUUGCAGCGGGUGUACGGAGAAGAUCGCAUUCUUUUGAGGCCUCGACCUGCAAAACUUGGUUUAGGUACUGCAUAUAUUCAUGGUUUGAAGUAUGUUUCUGGAGAUUUUGUUGUCAUUAUGGAUGCAGAUCUAUCCCACCAUCCAAAAUACCUGCCAAGAUUUAUAAAGAAACAAAUGGAGACAGGUGCAGAUAUUGUCACUGGGACUCGCUAUGUUAAGGGUGGUGGUGUCCAUGGAUGGAAUCUCAUGCGCAAAUUGACAAGUAGAGGAGCAAACGUCCUUGCACAGACACUUCUUUGGCCGGGUGUAUCAGACUUAACUGGAUCAUUUCGGCUUUACCGGAAAUCAGUGCUUGAAGACAUUAUAAGUUCAUGUGUGAGUAAAGGCUAUGUUUUUCAAAUGGAGAUGAUAGUCCGUGCUUCCAGGAAACGUUAUCACAUUGAAGAGGUUCCUAUUACUUUUGUUGAUCGAGUAUUUGGCAGUUCCAAGCUGGGAGGAUCAGAAAUAGUUGAGUAUCUUAAGGGCCUUGUUUAUCUUUUGUUUACAACUUGAUACCACACAAGUCAGAUAGAAUUUUCAGUCUGACCACAUCUGAUAUAACUUUGAGAGUUGACAGUUUCAACUAGUUUGAAAUGUCUCAUAGGAAAAUUGUUGUUGGGAUUUUCAACUGAUAUUUGAGUAAUUUUGUAUUAGUCACAUUUUGCCAUGAGCUUUAUU